UUACGGAAACAUCACUCGGACGUCUUACGGGAUAAUUCACUGUAUUCAAGUCGGAUUCGACACACACACAAACAGACUUGUCAAGUUCACCCAGCUGGCCAUUGAUGCGGAAACGAUCAGAAUAGAAGGAAUGGGGACACUGCCAAAUAUGAACCUGAAGAAAAGUUGAACAAUGGCACCGUUCUGUUACAGGAUACGCUAGAGUAAACAACAAUGGAGGAAGUCAAUACGCCGACAUUUCCCGAGAUAAACCAGGGAUUUCGGGUCGGUGGUGUAUCGCCAGAUCGCGAGCCGCCGGGUAGGAGUUGGGCGCGUAUCCGAACUUACCUAAUCGACAAUCCCAAGGAUGAUGAUUUCAAACGCCGGCAGGAGAUCUGGAAUUACCAGCAGAGGAAUAGGGGAGUCGUUAAGUCGUUGAUGAAAACUAUUCCAAAUGUUCCAUACCGAGUUAAAAAGCCAAGAUUGGAUAAAAUGAAACAGUCCCCGAGGGGUGGUCCAGGAUUGAAUCAUUUGGGCGGAGAAGCUGAACAUGGACUCUAUGGCGUUCAGCUGCCGAGGAUUCAGAGGAAUAGGGAAUCUCCCACCAGGCGACAUGGUCCACCGCGUGAUAUUUCCAUGGCCGAACAGAAUGACACAAAAGAGAGCGAGGAAUUAGUGAAACAGAAGUUAACGUACAAAUACACGGAAUGUGAUGGCGUACCGGUGUAUGAAGUUGAAACAGAGGUCCUUCGUCCGAGGUUUCCGCGCUUACCGGACCCAGUUUUACGGGGAACACAAAAUAGACAAAUGUUCUCUAACGGUAAGAAAGUUUCGUUUUCGCUGAAUGAUUUAACGUCCGUUGGACGGAGGGUGGAAAUUCGAGGAUCUUCAGCUUCUUCAUCGUCAGGUUCAAGCGUUGUUUCCGACGGUGCUCUCGGAAGUUACGGACCGAGCAGUCAUCACAUAGGUCCGGACGCUCCCAAGUCCGUGUGGGAUUAUUUGAACGGUCAUCCGUUGGGAGAAGCCAGGACUAUUGGUGCAGGGCUGUACAGUCAGAACAGACCAAAGAGAACAGGUGACUCUGAAAAGACAUCCGAAUCAAAGGCGGACCGCGAGUGGUUUGAAAAGGUUAUAGGUGAUAAGGAGGUAGUGAAUACGACAAACUAUGACAAUUUCGCGAGAACAAAGCCGAUUGGUGAUCUAUUCAGUAAAGGACCACCACCUCCCCGCCGCCUACCCCCAAACGAACUGGCGUUACUGCGAAACAAGGCACAAAAUAGUGGACCUUCCACAAAUGGAAGUGUCACGGUGUCAAAAAAGCCCCUCCCUCCAGCGCAAUCGUCACCACGUUCGCAAAUAGGACUAAAUAUAUCGUCUAAAACACCAGUGCUUUCACCCAUUGGAGGAAUGGGGUCGUACUUUCCAAUUUUCUCUCGAGACGGUUCCCCGAUGAGAAAAAUUGGAGGGGCAAAAAAACAGAAGCUUCAAGCUUUAUCUCCUGUUAAACCUCCUCCUGCUAUGAUGAUGUCAAAAUCAAACUCGGCGGAAUGACGAUAUUGUGUUCACAUUGAUUGUGCCGUGCAGAUAUGUGCAUGAGGGGAUUUCGUAUAAGGAUUAUGUGUAUCCCAUGUGUUAUUGGUGCGACACAAAUUGUAAGUGUUAAAAAAUGAUGAAA